AUGGCGUCGAAUCGUCCGGCAGCGUUCAACAAUCUGCGGAUGGGAGAAGUGAUCCGCGAGAAAGUGCAGGAUGGCAUCACGGGCGAGACGAGAGACUUGACUUACACCCAGUGCAAGAUUGUCGGCAAUGGUUCCUUUGGCGUCGUCUUUCAAACUAAGUUGUCUCCCUCGAACGAAGAUGCAGCCAUCAAGCGUGUCUUGCAAGACAAAAGAUUCAAGAACCGUGAGCUGCAAAUCAUGCGGAUCGUGAGACACCCCAACAUCGUGCAGCUCAAGGCCUUUUACUACUCUAAUGGCGAGCGCAAGGAUGAGGUUUACCUCAACUUGGUCCAGGAGUUCGUGCCAGAAACCGUGUACCGCGCCUCCCGUUUCUUCAACAAAAUGAAGACUACUAUGCCCAUCCUUGAGGUGAAGCUGUACAUCUACCAGCUUUUCCGGGCUCUUGCAUACAUUCACUCUCAAGGCAUCUGCCAUCGCGACAUCAAGCCCCAAAACCUUCUCCUCGACCCUAGCACCGGCAUCUUGAAGCUCUGUGAUUUCGGCAGUGCCAAGAUUCUGGUGGAAAACGAACCAAACGUGUCUUACAUUUGCUCCAGAUACUACCGCGCACCUGAAUUGAUCUUUGGUGCUACCAACUAUACAACCAAGAUUGACGUUUGGUCAACAGGCUGCGUCAUGGCAGAACUGAUGCUUGGUCAGCCUCUUUUCCCCGGUGAAUCGGGUAUCGAUCAGCUCGUCGAAAUUAUCAAGGUGCUGGGGACACCCACCCGCGAGCAAAUUCGAACUAUGAACCCGAACUACAUGGAGCACAAGUUUCCUCAGAUCAAGCCCCAUCCUUUCAACAAGGUGUUCCGCAAGGCCGACCAACCCGCCAUCGACCUGAUUAGCAAAUUGCUGGAGUACACACCCACCGAGCGUCUGUCGGCCAUCGACGCGAUGGUGCAGCCCUUCUUUGAUGACCUCAGGGAUCCCAACACCCGCUUUCCCGAUUCGAGGCACCAGACGGGCCAGCUCAAGGACCUUCCUCCGCUCUUUGACUUCACCCGCCAUGAGCUGUCGAUCGCCCCUCACCUCAACCACAAGCUUGUGCCGCCUCACAUGAGGUCCAUCCUUGCGGCCCAAGGGCUCGACAUCGACAACUUCGUUCCCAUGAACAAAUCGGAAAUGAUGGCCAAACUGGACUGA